CAUAUUUUGGAGGCAUUAAUUCUGCUUUGUCUCAUGACAAGCUACAUGAGUAUGCAGAUAAGGAUCCCUCCAUCCCUGUCUUGGCCGGGUCAUCUAAAGAGUGGAUAUCAUCAGUACUUGAAUUAGAUAAACAAUGGUUGAAAAUGAUUCUAGACAAUGUGAAUGAAGAAUCUACAGAGUAUCAAAUACUUCAGAAGCAAUGGAAAUCAUCUAGUAAUGUGCUGAUGUUUACUAAUGUGCCUGGCAAGAACACACGAUUGCUAAAAGCACAGUCAGCUUGGGGUGAGAAUUUGAAGGCUAUUAUUUCAAGUCUUCUUAGCCAGGAAAAGAAGAAAAAGGAUGAAGUGAACCUCGCAUUGAAAGCUGCAGGUCAUUGGGAUCCUGAGAUCACUGCAAAUCAAGAGAAGAGGGACCCAGGAUAUUUAGCAUCAGAUUUACUUAAGAUGCCGGAAGCUGCUGAGAUUAUGCAAAAUACAGGUUUGGGCAUUUUAGGUCCAGUGCCAGAACACUACUAUCCCCAGUAUGUAUCCGGGAUUGGUGGAGAUUACUCAGGGAUUGGUGGAGAUUACUCAGGGAUUGGUGGAGAUUACUCAGGAAUGGCUUUUCCUCACAAUUAUCUUAUGACUUCUAAUGUUGCUGCUUGUGGGAUGACUCCGAACGAAACUUUCAUGAUGCCAAAUAUUACUCAGACAUUACCAGCACAGGAUAAAACACUGUAUAAAAGUGUUGUCUAUGGUUUUUCUACCCAGUCUUUACCACUGAACCCUCAACCUUCUGUAGGAAGGUCUAGCAAGAAGUCAGGUAGUAAAAAUUCCAGAUCAGGUGCUGGUCCUGCCAAUAAAGUAAGUUCUGACAACAGUACCAAAGGUCUUGUGAUUCAUCCCAAAAAGGGUAAAGUGGAACAGGUGGAAAUGUGUAAAAUACUAGUUAAGAAUAUGAAAACAAAUUUAAAAGAAAACCAUAUGAAACAAAUAUUAGAUGCCUGUGGAACUGUUGUGAGUUUUGAAUACCCAGAAAACAAAGCAAAGGGACGUUCAAAAUCAGUUAAUCUUCAUGUACAGUAUAACAAUGCCAAGGCUGCCAAAAGAGCUGUUCGCAUCCUCAAUUUUCUGAAGGUUUUUGGAGCAAAUUCAUCUGCACUGGUGGUUGGCACAAAGGGAGAAACAGGUCCAUGUAGGGAACUUCAUUCAGAGGAUCGACUUAUUAUUCCUAUCAUUCAAGAUGUUAUUGUUCAAAUGCAGAAGGAAAUGGCUACUAAAACUAAGGUUUCAAUUGUUGCCAAAAAGGAACUUGUUACAACAACAAUCAAAGAGGACACUAGCAAGGCUUCACCUGUUUGUGAAAGUAAGGAAGAAACUAAGAAGGAAGCUAAACCUGAAGAAAAGGAAAAAGCUCAGGAGAAAACCGUUGUUCCAUCAAAACCAGUAAUCCACGUCCAUGUGACUAAUUUGUCUAAGUAUGUACCAGUAGAAGCUAUUAAAGAAGCUAUGAGAACUUUAGGAUCCACCUCAGAAAGUGAUGUUAAGCAGGAAAAAUUUAUAUGUGAAUUUCAAAAUCCUCUUCAAGCCAUUCCUGCAGUAGUUUUUAUGAAUAACUAUCGUCUUCCUGACAUGAAGUUGAAAGUUUAUGCAGAGGAACCCCUUGACUUUAAAGAUGCCCCAGUAAAACCUGCUGAAGAAACAACUGAACAAACAAAUCUUGUAUUUAAACGUUACAAUGAUGACAUUAUCAGUAAUUUGCGAGAGGCUGUGACAAAAGAUAUAAAUUAUUUUACAUACAAGACACAAAUUUGUAAGGCCAUUAAGUGCAAAACUCAGGAUGUUUGUCAUAACUAUCAUAAUAUACAAGAUCGUAGGAGAAGUCCAAUAACAAAUGAAUACAGUUGUACAGGAUCUAGUCUUGCAGAAGCUGGUCAGUGUCAUUCGGUGAUUGAGCGCAUGUUUCACUUAAUCACCUUCAGAGCUGAGCUCUGUCCAGAUGCUGUUAAAAGAGGUGUAUGCCGCUAUAGGUAUGGCAACUGUCCUCAUGCUCAUCCAGAAACACCUGAAAUGUUCUUCCACAAACAUUGGGAAAAUCUGUAUAUUGAAGGAUUGGGAGAAACCUUCAAGUAUGUCAAUGGUGCUAUCAAGAAUAUGUUUAAGCUCCAGAAUACCACAGACUUGCAGGUAGUGGUAUUGACUUCUACCUUUGAGAUGGUGCAACUGCUCACAAAGACAUUCCAAAAUGUGGCCAAGUCAUGUCGUCAGAAUGUUGUUGCUGUGUCACAGUAUGGUAGUGUUGCAAAUGGUGGAACCAUAAUGAUAUCAACAACCAUAGGCCUUUUGAAGUUGCUUAGUAGGAAGGAACAAGCUUACACACUAGCUCAAGUAAAAGCCUUGAUUAUAGAUGAUGGCUUGAAGGUUUUAACUGCUCUAAUGAAUUCGAAUCCAAUGGAUGAAAAUCUUAGUGGCCUAUUAUCCAAGCCAGAUGUAAACAAAGUUGUUAUAGAUGAUUCUUUAACGGAUGGCAGAGUCGGAGUUGCGGCCUUUGUGAUGAAAGCUGAAUUUAAAAAGCUGCUGCUUGACAGACCCAGAAAGAAAUGGGAACCACUAAACCCAGCUGCAAUUGCAAAAGAAGCAGUGGCUCCUGCUGCUCCAUCUGCAAAAGAUACAAAAAGGAAUACUACUGCAGAGGAUAUGGAAAAGUCAGCCAAAGAUGUCUUCAAAGUUCCUACUGUGCCUGUAUCCAGGCUCAAGCCAAAGGAUAACAGUAAUAAGGGAAAUAAUACAAACUCAGAAAAAACAAAGAACCCCUCCAGAAAAAGUAGAUUUGAUGAUGCACAACCCAUGGCAAGUUCUGGCAAGAAUGAAGAAGAGAAAGGGAAAGUGAAUGAUGCUCUAAAAUUGAUAAUGGCCAGUUACAAAGAUUUCCAAAAAGGUGGUCUUAGUACAGAUCCAACCCCAAGAUCUAGCAGAAGUAAAGAAAUUGUUAAUGAAAAGCAGAGACAGAGCACUUAUGUUGAAUCAAGCAAAGAAAAGCCAAAGUCAUGGAGUUUUAAAGAGAACCCUACUAUUCCUCCUGAACCUUUUGCCAAAUUGGAUGCAAAGUUGGUCCCCUAUUAUUCCACAAAGUUAAAAUCCAAGACAUAUGCCUCAAUCCCAUUUAAUUAUGAUGGAGGUGAGAGCACAUCUUCAAGCCGAGCAUCGUUGAAAAAAGCAAAUUCGGGAAAAAGUGUGUCUACCUCAAAUGCACAGGAUACUCCUGAGAAAGAUGACAUUUCAGACUCUACUAAAAAUUCAAGAUAUCCAGGAGUGGAUUCCAACAGGAGUUCACGCAAAUCACCAUCCUCUGGAGAUUCUAGCAGGUCGCUAUUGAGAGAUUCUCGAAGAUCUCCUGCAUCAUUUAAGAGCUCUCGCGGAUCUCCUGGAAGGGACUUAAAGAGAUCUGGGUCUCCCCAUGCUUCAUCCAGGGAUUCUCAGAAGAAAAGAAGACUUUCACCUUAUGGACGUUCUGGGUAUGAUGAUAAGAAAGGUUACAUAGUAGCUGAACUUGAUCUGAAAGAGGAACAUUCAAAAGAAACCAAAUUGUUCUUUGAUGUCCCUGAAGUCCAUCCAGAAUUUGAAAGCAAACACAAAAUAUUUAGUGAAAGAUAUGAAAAACAGUAUCCUGGGAAAAUUGAUGCUAACCAUAAGGAACAAAGAUGGCAAGAAUUUUGGAAGGUUAUUGUCACUGGUAUGCAAGAAAUUGCAUGGAGAGAAAAACUUGCUAUACUGAAAAAUCAGUUUAAAAUGGAAUCUGAAAGUAGAGAUUCAAAAUCAUCAAAUAAACGAAAGACAAGUGACACCAGAAAUGAAAAUGACAGUAAUAGAAAAUCAUCAAGCAGAGAUGAUGUUCAUGGUUCUAGAUUGAAGUCUAGAGGCAGAUCCAAUAGCGUUGAAAGAAAAUCUCCAUCCUCAAGGCAGAAUAGUGACAAAUCUUCUCCUUCAAGGAAAGAUUCUUCAAGGAGAUCAAGACGGAACAGUGACAAAUCUUCUCCUUCAAGGAGGUCAGGGAAAUUACCAUCUAAAGAAAGAGAGAGAUCCAAAAGAAGUUCAUCACAAGAUAGCGAAGGUGAAAUUUUCUCAGUGAGUCAUGCUUUGAAUGUCAUUGGAGAAGUCUGUAAUCAUUUAGGAGUAUUGAAGCCAGCAUUACAGGUAGUAAUUGACAAAAUAAGUAUAUCAGGAGUUAACUCUAAGGAAGCAGUCAGUAUUCUGACAGAAAAUGACAAUGCGUUGUUAAUAGAAAUGGCAUACAAAAGGCUUGAAUCCAUUGCAAAAACCGCACCUAGAGGACCCCAGAGAAAUAAGCUGAUUAAAGCCCUUGAAGAAACAAAGAAAUUAAAAGAAUUUGCUGCUUUGAAAUUGCAAGAAAUGGCAGUUGCAGCUACGGAUAGUGCAAUAUCUAGUAGCAAAAAUCUUGAGGAAGAUUCUUCAGCAUCAAGUUCAGGUCUGAACAAGAAUAUUAAAAUGAAUACAGAAGUGGCACCAAAACUUGUACGAGGUUUAGAUGUUAAUAAGAUUGCACGUGCUACACAUGAAAAGGGCACUGAGGCCAUCAUAGAAUUCAUCAAAAAUACUUUUGCAUAUGAAGGUAUUAUUAAUCCAGCACCCCAAGAUAUUAAUGAUAUAUACACAGAGGUAUCAAGGAUUCACUUUCAGAUAAGCCUGAAUGAUACCACCAUGGAAUUGGGAAGAAACACUUCUGAGAGAUUUCUUACUCCAGAAGCUUUCCAAAAGGAUAGUAGUCUAUCAUUCUUUUCAAAUCCUUCAUCAAGAGAUGAGAGUGAUGAUUCAUUCCUUGCUGAUUCAUUAAGGGAUAGAACUCACAUGUCAGGUUCAGGCAAUAACAGCCCAUCAUUUUCUUGUACUAUUCCUGGUAAAUCUGUAAAAGGUAACAUUAAUCAAGUACAAUUACCAUCAUCAGGAGUGGAAAGCAUUUCUUCAUUCCAGCCUCAAAAUUCUGUAAAUGAAAAUGAUGAUUCAUCUUUCCAGAGCAGAAGUUCAGUUCAAAGUAAUCCCUCAUUCUCACAAGGUAAUGAGCCAUCAUUCCCUAGUAACUCCUCUGAUAGAGAAACUUCUGCAUUCCUUUGCCAUAAUUAUCUUGCACAAAAGCAAGGUAGUCUGGAUAAUCAAAAUUCAAAUGAUAAAAGUAAUGAUGUGGAGAGAGAUCUCGGGAGUAAUUUUCAGCCAUGGGAUCUUAAGGAGAAGGAUAAAAGUACUAUUGAUUUUAUGAACCAGAGAUUAGAUUUUCUAUUGCAAGACACAAGGCUCCAAACUUCAGAACAAAAGGAUCAACUAAAUGAAACUGAAGAAAGUGGGUUUAGGAGACGUGGCCACCAUUUUUCAAAUCAAAGUAAUGAACAAAGUCAUAUAGAUGAGAGAUUUGGUAGAGCUGGAAUACAGUUUUCAAAUGAGAACAGUGAACAUAACCAGAUGGAUGAACGAUUUGGCAGAGAUGAACAACAGUUUUACUCUCAGAAUGAUGAAUUUAAUCGUAUGGGAAAAAGAUUUGGGAGAAAUGAACUGCAGUGUUCAAAUCAAAGUAAUGAAUAUGACUUUAAUCAGAUGGCUGAAAGAUUAACAAUGGGGAACCAACAGUUUUCAAACCAGAAUAAUGAAUAUUUUCAAAUGGAUGAAAGAUUCAGUAGAGGUGACAGGCAAUUUUCUGACCAAACUUUUGAAAGAAGUCAGAUGGAUGAAAAUAGACUUAGUAUGGGUGACAUGCCAUUUGGCCAUAGGAGGGGAUAUGAUGAGGACCAUGACUUUGAUAUGGAUAAUAGGAAUUUCAGUAAAGAUAAUUAUAAGAUGACACAGCAUUUUGAUGAUGAUCAGGAUAAUGGCCAAAGAAAUUUUCAUGCAGAUAGAGGAUACAUCUAUAAAAAUACCAGUCAGUUUGUGAGAAAUGAACCAUACCAAGAUAGUGGUCUUUUGAGCAGGGAAGGUACUGAGUUUGAUAUUGAAAUAAAAGGAGACUUGAGGAAUGUGUUGAGUAGAAAUUUAGGGGAAAAUGAACCUGGAAUAGAUAUAAAUAGCAUGAGAAUUAGAGGCGAACCUUCUCAAUUGCACAGUCAGUCCCUGAGGGGAAUCACUGACAGUAAUUGGGGUCAUCCAGGGCAGCACAUGAUGCACCAGAGAAAUAACCAGCAGUCAUAUCCUGGAGAGCAGCAAGAAGCAAGUAUACUACCUAUAAGGGCUCCAAGUGAACAGCACAUUGAUGAAUUUCUCAAUAGAUUCCGUUAAAUCUCCUUUGUUAUAUUUAAUUAGAUCGCUUUUCCACCUUUUUAAUAUCAGUUUGGUUGAAUCUCUUCUUGUCAGAUCAAAUUAGGGUUUUUUUUUUAACUUUGGAACUUCAUUAUUUUUGUUAUUUUAGUUGUGAAAUUACAAUUUAAAUGAGAAAUGUAGAGGAUGCUAGGAAAACCACAUUUUUAUAUUUUCUGUAGAAAAGUGUCCAUAUUUACAAUGAAAUUUUAUUCAUCUGUUGUUUCAACCUAUAAUAUUUUGAAAUAUUUUUGUCCUUCAUUCGUGGUUACACACUUUUAAACCUUUUUAACUUGUACCAAGCACAGUUUAGUUAGUGUUAAUUUAGUUCAUUCAUCUAGAGCAAUUUUACUGAAACUAACUGAAUAUUUGUCUGGUAACAAAUUUUACACAUUCAAUAGUUUUACAAAUUUUGACAUUUUUCUUCUGUUGUAUAUUUUUUUUUCAAAAUGAAUUAAAUUUCAUUUAUGAAUCUUAUAUUCUCUCAAUUUUAACCUGUGUAGAUAAGGGUUUCAUUACAUAUAGUAAAACAGAGUGAUGUUUACAACAAAGUAGGUAAUAUGUUUCUGAGAUAAGUAUUACUAAAUUUCCCUACUUUGUAAAUUUAGGUUGGAGAUGAGAGAAAUAUAUUUUUAUGGAUAUGCAGGAUAUUUAAAACCAUUUGAGAAUUAUGAAAGUUAAUAAUACAGCUUUGAUUACAAUAUACUACAGUGAUCUGGCAUAAUUUUUCCAGCACUCUAUGAAAUGAGUUGAUGAGGCUCAGAGGUCUGGAUAAACUAAUCCCUUAUAUAAUAAUAAUGAUGAGGUAAUCAUUUUUGUGUGUGAUAUAUUGCUAUGUACGGUAAAUUAAGGAAAGGGCUAAAUAAAGUGAGUAAGAAUAAUAAUUAGUAAAAGGACAUAUUUUAUUGCAUAAAAGAUGUGAGAACGCAAGAAAGAUUAAAAUUGAUGCUAGAUUUUUAGUAUGUUAAAGUACAAAGUUAAUUUUGGGGCAUUUUCUUUGAUCAGGGUUUUCAGCUAUUGUUGAAUGAGCUUUCACAUGGUGGUUUUUCACAAACAAUUUUGGAUAUUAUAACUUGAGUAAUUUCAGAAGAGAAUUUUAUCUUAAACUGAUGUAAAGCUGAAGGUUAUUUUGUUCUUGAAUGGCUGUAUUUUGCAUCUUCUAUACAUGAGUGAUAUUUUCAUACAUGAGGGAUAUUUUCAUGACAAUUGGACAAGAAGUACGAUAUGUUUUGAUGGAAUAUUGCUCUGUUGCUGUGUGGAGAUUCUUGUGCAGAUAUCACAUUUUUA